AUGGCUGCCCGCGUCGCCAUGGACGACGCAUCCUCCGCUUUCUCCAACGACCGCCUCUUCCGCAGGAUCUCCCCUAGAGACCUCAUCACUCGCAACUUCUGGCUCGGCGACUAUGACUACCGCGCCCUUCUGUCCUUCCGCAGCCGCAAACUGCCGUUCUUCGCACCCAAUGCGCCUCUACCUGCCGUCGGCGGUCUCGUUGUCCCGCCCCUUUUGCUUGGAGGAGCUGCAGGAGCUGCCCUUGAGCCUGCUCAGCAGUCGUACCUCGUCUCCGCCGCCCUCAUCUUCUGCGGCCUCGGAACCAUCCUCCAAGUCUCCCGCAUCCCCCUCGGCAAAGGCUACUACCUCGGCAGCGGUGUGCUGAAUUGCAUUGGCUCCUCGUUUGCGUUUGUCUCAAGCGCACUCGCCUUCAUCAAUAACCAGUACACCCGCGAAGGCGGACUCUGCUCUUUCGCCGCCGACGGAUCGAAGCUUUCGUGCCCCGAAGCGUACGGCGCAGUCAUUGGCACGGCCAGCGUCGUCGGACCUAUCGCCGUCCUCCUCUCGUUCACGCCGUCCCGAGUCUUGCGCAAGAUCUUCACGCCACUCGUCACCGGCUCCAUCCUACUCAUGAUUGGCUUGAGUUUGAUGGGAUCCGGCAUGACCAACUGGGCCGGCGGCUCAUCGUGUCAGUCUGGCGGGCUCUGCCCGAACGCCACUGCUCCUCACGCCGCACCUUGGGGCUCGCCUCGCCUGAUCGGUCUCGGUUUCCUUGUGUGGGUAUCCAUCCUCAUCAUCGACAUCUUCGGACCGCCCAUCGCAAAGAACAUGAGCGCUAUGCUCGGUCUCAUUAUCGGCAUGAUCGUCGCAGGCGCGAUCGGCUACUUCGACAAGUCCGCCUUUUCCUCCGCUCCGGUCAUCACCUUCCUUUGGGUUCACCGCUUCCCUCUGAGCGUCAGGGGCGAGCUUGUGCUCCCCUUCAUCGCGUCAUACCUGGUCGUCAUCUCAGAGGGAAUUGGCAACAUUACAGCGACAUGUGCAGUUAGCGGUUACCCUGUGAAGGGCCCGCGCUACGCUUCACACAUCCAGGGCGGCUUGACUUCGGACGCCGUCCUCUCCUGCAUCUCCGGCCUCGCCACGGUACCGCCAUCUACGACCUUUUCGCAGAAUGUCAGCAUUUUGUCUUUGAGUCAAAAUGCUUCGCGCAUCUCCGGCUACGUCUGCGGCGUCCUUCUCAUCCUCUUCGGCCUCUUCGGCAAAAUCGCGGCGGUGUGGGUCGCACUACCCGCCCCGUUGAUCGGUGGUCUUACCGUCUUCCUCUUCGCCUCGGUCGCCGUCGCCGGCCUGCGCAUCCUCGCCGGACUCAACUGGACGAGGCGAACUCGGUUCAUUGCGACGGCCGCCUUGUCCCUCGGUUUCGCCGACAUUACCACGCCCGGCUGGUUCUCCAACUUCUUCACCUACGCCGGCCCGAAUCACGCCCUUCGCGGCUUCCUCGACGCCCUCACUCUCAUCGUCGAAGAGUCCUACCUUAUCACCCUCCUACUCGCCGUACCGCUCCAGUUCAUCGUUCCCCUCGGCGAGGACGACCUUGAGCACCAGCGCGCGGAGGAGGAGGAAGAGGCGCUCGGAAGCAAGACGAGCAAGUCGAGGCUCGAGUACGAGGUCGAGCGGGUACCGCACGGCGAUGAAGAGAUGGCGCUCGAGGCGGUGGACCGCAAGUAG